AUGGCACCGCUUCUGCCUGGUCCGGGCGGCUUGUUGGAGCUGAGGGGCCCGUGGCUUCCCUGCCUGGGCCGGCCUCCCACCCGGAGCCUCCGAUCCCAGCCUCCCCCCCGGAGCCUCCGAUCCCGGCCUCCCACCCGGGGCCUCCGAUCCCGGCCUCCCACCCGGGGCCUCCGAUCCCGGCCUCCCACCCGGAGCCUCCGAUCCCAGCCUCCCCCCCGGAGCCUCCGAUCCCGGCCUCCCCCCCGGAGCCUCCGAUCCCGGCCUCCCCCCGGAGCCUCCGAUCCCGGCCUCCCCCCGGAGCCUCCGAUCCCAGCCUCCCCCCCGGAGCCUCCGAUCCCGGCCUCCCCCCCGGAGCCUCUGAUCCCGGCCUCCCCCCCGGAGCCUCCGAUCCCGGCCUCCCCCCCGGAGCCUCCGAUCCCGGCCUCCCCCCCGGAGCCUCCAAUCCCGGCCUCCCCCCCGGAGCCUCUGAUCCCGGCCUCCCCCCCGGAGCCUCUGAUCCCGGCCUCCCCCCCGGAGCCUCCGAUCCCGGCCUCCCCCCCGGAGCCUCCAAUCCCGGCCUCCCCCCCGGAGCCUCCGAUCCCGGCCUCCCACCCGGGGCCUCUGAUCCCGGCCUCCCCCCCGGAGCCUCCCACCCGGAACCUCCGAUCCCGGCCUCCCACCCGGAGCCUCCGAUCCCGGCCUCCCCCCCGGAGCCUCCGAUCCCGGCCUCCCACCCAGAGCCUCCGAUCCUGGCCUCCCCCCCGGAGCCUCCAAUCCCGGCCUCCCGCCCGGAGCCUCCCACCCGGAGCCUCCGAUCCCGGCCUCCCCGCCCGGAGCCUCCGAUCCCGGCCUCCCCCCCGGGGCCUCCGAUCCCGGCCUCCCUCCCGGGGCCUCCGAUCCCGGCCUCCUGCGCGGCCAGGCCCGCAGGCUGGAGAUUUUCAGUGA